AUGGCUCCAAAAGGAAAGAAGGUGGCACCAGCCCCAUUUGCUUCCAAAUCAAGCAAAUCUGCUGAAUCUAAGAACCCAUUACUCGAAUCAACCCCAAAGAACUUUGGUAUUGGACAAUCUAUCCAACCAAAGAGAAAUUUGUCAAGAUUUGUUAAAUGGCCAGAAUACGUUAGAUUACAAAGACAAAAGAAGAUCUUGUCUCUCAGAUUGAAAGUCCCACCAUCUAUUGCUCAAUUCAACCAAACUUUGGACAAGAACACUGCUGCUCAAGCUUUUAAAUUGUUCAACAAGUACAGACCAGAAACCCCAGCUGAAAAGAAGGAGAGAUUGACCAAAGAAGCUGCUGCUGUUGCUGGAGGUAAAUCCGCUAAGGAUGCUUCACCAAAGCCAGUUGUUGUCAAAUACGGUUUGAACCACGUUGUCUCUCUUAUUGAAAACAAGAAAGCUAAAUUGGUUCUUAUCGCCAAUGAUGUUGACCCAAUUGAAUUGGUUGUGUUUUUACCAGCUUUAUGUAAAAAGAUGGGUGUUCCAUACGCUAUCGUCAAGGGUAAAGCUAGAUUGGGAACUUUGGUUCACAAAAAGACUUCAUCAGUUGCUGCAUUGACUGAAGUUGCUUCUGCUGAUGAAGGUGAAUUGUCAAAAUUGAUUUCAACUAUUGAUGCCAAUUACUUGCAAAAAUACGAAGAAAACAAGAAACACUGGGGUGGUGGUAUCAUGGGUUCUAAAGCUAAUGACAAAUUGGCCAAGAAGGCCAAGGCUGCUGCUGCUGCCGCUUAA